UGCAAGCUGUAUCGUUUAUUCUGAUCAGAUAGAAGAUAAAGAGUGCCCUUUUUCAUGUUGGUCCGUUGGUCGAAGUUACUGGUCAUUUGUGGAUCAGACCCUAGAAAAUAAGUGAUUAUGCUAAAAUAGCAACACCUGACACUGUUUACAAUGGCAUCUAAAGGCUUCUCGAAAAAAAAUGUACUUCUAGAGGAGAAAGCAUUGAAACCCGAACUUCCUUCAACCUGCACGUGCAGGAAACAGUGUAACAAUUGUAAGAUAUUCCUUGGAUUCUUCGUGUUAUCCCUCUCUUUGCAUUUUAUUACAUUAUUCUGCUAUUUGGACCUCAGAUCUGAAGUAAAACGCGAGAUUUUACAGAAAAACCGGGAUGAAAUUCUAACGCCGGGUGCAACUGCUCUCAGUGAGCUGAUUUCCCCCGAAUUCCAGAUUUUGGACAUCAGCUACCCUGCAAUGGAACAAGAGGACAAGCCUCAUAUAGGUUUUCACCUCACAGAGGAAAGUGAAAGGGUCAUUCAGCGGACCAAAAGGAGUCUGAAUAAACGACUUGAAUCAGAGUCAAAUGGAAAACGAAAAGAAAAGAGAAAAGGUAAGAAGGGGCCUCCUGGUGCACCAGGCCCCCCAGGGCCUCCAGGACCACAAGGGCCACCUGGAAUUCCUGGAAUACCUGGAAUCCCAGGUAGCAAUGCCAUGGGACCCUCUGGGCCACCUGGUCCCCCUGGGCCCCAAGGACCACCAGGACCACAGGGGCCCCCUGGCCCUCAAGGACCUGCAGGAGGCUUGGAUAAAGUGAGACUCAGAGAUUCUCAGCCUGCUGUAGUACAUCUGCAAGGCCAGGAGACAACAAUUCAAGUAAAGGAAGAUCUUUCAGAAGGCGUCCUCAAAAACUGGAAAAUGAUAUCCAUACACCACAAGGUGUUCAAGAUGCACUCGCGCUCCGGAGAGCUGGAGGUGCUGGUCGACGGCACCUACUUCAUCUAUAGUCAGGUAGAAGUUUACUACCUCAACUUCACUGACAUCGCCAGCUACGAGGUGAUGGUGGACAAAACGCCCUUCCUGCGCUGCACGCGGAGCAUCGAGACGGGCCAGCGCAAGUUCAACACCUGCUACACCGCAGGGGUGUGCCUGCUGCGAGCCCACCAGAAGAUCUCCAUCAGGAUGGUGUACGAGGAUACCUCCAUCAGCAUGACCAACCACACCACCUUCCUGGGCAGCAUCCGGCUCGGCGAAGCUCCGCCCACCAGCCACUCUUGAGCGAUGCUUUACAUGUUGGCUUCUGUCCCAUGGAAGAAAAGACUCAUAGUCAAUCAAAGUCUCCCUCCUUACUAGCUAUGUCUAAGUAUGCCCCUGUCCCCAGGUACAAACACAUUUAUGUGGUGAUAUGGGAUCAGCACAUUUCAGAAGGACGCCAUAUCAGCCACUUAGGACUGAAGGCAAAACCAUGCUUUUCAUUUCCUCCAGCAGUUCUUCAAGCAUGUUCCCAGGCUGCGCGUACCAGAGCUGCAGGCUUUGUAGCAUCAAAGGAGGAGAAAUCAAACUCCCGUCACCCACCCAUGCAGAAUAAAGGGGAACACCUCGUGCUAGUGCUAAGUGUCACAAUGUGUGUGUGGGUGUGUGUGUAACAGUGUAACAGUUAUAUUACAGUCCUAUUAUCCAACAAAACGGGCUUGUUCAGAAACUGAAAUGGGCAAAAAUCUUGGCCAAACUGUUUUGCAGAAACAAGAUAGCUGCAACACCCAAAGUCCGGAAGAGAUUUAUGAGCAGGCAUUAGCAUUAUUCACUGAACCACAAUUAUGGCUGUUAAACAUACAUUACUAUAUGCUUGUCAUGUAAACUAACUAAAUACUCAGCUUGACAUCCACCUGUUAAACCAAGCAAAGGACUGAAUUCAAUAUAAAGAACCUGUGCAAUCACUUUCUUGCAUUUAACAUGUCCAUUAAGCCACAAACAAAUGUACAGUAGCUUGUGUCAAAUUUAUAAACAAGAAAAAUGUUUUGAGUUAAAGUAUAAUUUCUAUGUAUGAGUCGGAGGUUUGACAUCUUUCUAUAUGGAUGCUCACUUCAAGUUCACUUUUGUUCAACGGCCCACUGAAGUCUCGCUGCUGAUUGGUUAAACCAUACCAUCAUGUUAACACAAGAAACCUGGCUGAUAAAAAUAUAUAUCUACUAAAUAAAAUAAGCAUUAUGUCGUUCUAUAUGUAUUACUUAAAAUGGUUGAUAUGGAUUGCACAGAAUCUGUUUAUUCAAACACUGUUUGGUGAGUUUAGUUAUCAAGAAAUGGAAAUUCACAUAAUGUGCUUGUAAAUACUGAGUUAGUCCAUGCCAUAGUUAAGAACAAAUGUUGAUUGAGCUCUGGUUAUAGUAAGAAGCUUGUAGCCCUCCAUAACUCAAUAGCUGAUUCAGUCUUGAAAUGCAUUUAAUGAAGUAUGUCCAUCAUUAGCUUUGCUGAUAUUAAUGGAUUAUUUGUGGAAAAGGGUCACAGUAGUUCCUAGUUGUAAAUUGUAAUUACUAAAUGGUCCUUAGGUACCUCACUCCCUCUUUUUAGAUAGGCAGCUAGAAUCUGUGACAGCCAAAUACAGCCUUUGUAUCUCUUCCUUUUAUUUUGGACUGUGAGCAUGAUCAAAAUUGGUCAAAAGGUCAAUAUUAGGCCUUUUUAAGUACUUUUCAUAAAUUUUCAAAAGUGUAUCUUAAAAAAGACCUUGCGUAAUUACAAGUGUGCUUAACUAAUCAGAUAUAAACAUUUAUUGCAAACAAAUAACAUAUUUUGAUUCUGUGUCUGACCCAUCAAACCUGUAUAGCAUGGUAUAUUUGCACAAUGCUUGCUCUAUUUCCCAUAGAGAAAGUGGUGUGGUAAUGUCCAUGUGGCUCAAAUCAAAUCUGAAUCUGGCUGUAGCCUCUAAUCUCAAGGGCAGUGCAGUCCUCCAGCACAUGAACUGUAGCUGUUCAGUGGAAAAAGUGUUUUUUUUUCUUAUUAUUAUUAUUCUUUGUGUAGGGGGGACCCAUGUGCACAUAAAUAUACACAUUUUGGUUUGUAGCAAGAGCAGUGGGGUGUCAUGUAAUGCCAAUGCUAAAACUUAAGAUUGGCCGAAAAAUGCACUGCUGCUAUCAACAAUUCCGAGUCAAAUGAAAACAUAAGAUAAAUUGUCUUGAUCUUAAGCAAGACACCACAAAAAGGUCAGUGCACAGAAAUGAAAGCCAUACAGGGUCUGAAGAGUCAGUGUCUUAGGCCUAUUACGGUUAGGUGAGGGAAUAAGCCUAAUUAUUAUGUAUGUAUGCUAGUGUUCUUCAUGGUGAUAGCAAUCAUGUCACGCACAUUUCUCUUUAAAGAUUGUCUCUUAUUACCAAGGCCAGUUUCACAUGGAGUGAAGCAAGUUGAUUGGUCAUUACUACACACACAUUUAAAGUUGUGAAAUAUUUAGUACUUAUUAUUAAAUAUUUAUGUGCUUAUUAAUUCACAACAGUAUUAUAAAUAGUUUUUGUUUUAAUUUUAACUUAACAUCAAUUUUUAUGUUAACAUAAAAACAUAUUUUUCAAGCCACAAAACACAACUUAUGAGUUUUGAGAGCAAUUCGAGAUCAAAGUGUUGUUAAAUAUUUGGGUAUUUAUUGAAUUAUAGCUGCCCAAACUCUAGAAAUACAAUAUUACAUUCAAUGCUGUUUUACCAGUAGGAUGGGUAAAUAUGCAGAUUCUGAAGCAAGAGGUAAUAUGUGUUUAGUAUACCACCCCCCGUUAAGUAUCAGAUUUAUGUUUGGUUGUUUGAUUGUUUCAAAGUUGAGGUCCUUAUCCAAGUUAAAAUGAGACAAUGGCUUUUAUGACUCCUUAUGAAAUGAAAAUAUGCCACGAGGCCCACUUGCACUGAGAUCUGUGUAUCUUUGGCAGUAGUUAAAACAAGACAAAUAGUUUUUUUUAUGCCCCACCAGUUAACAGCAUGUUCUCAAGCGGUUUGUUUGGAUGCGAGUGGACUUUGAACUUCAGUCAUUUGGAAUUUGGUCACAGUUUGUGAUUGUAUUUGUAAGAUUCAGCAGAAUGCUAAAGGAAAAUGAAUCUAGUUCAUUUGAAAUUCAAAGUUUAUUUAAACAGUCUGUAUCAACCUGUUGAGGCCAAACUCUUUGUUUCACUGUAUGGUCAAUGUUCACAUUGAGUGCACACAUUUUAAAAUUCAUUUACACGUCAUAUCACUGAAUAAAUGUAUAAUUUUGCUGCCUUGGACAGCUUGUCUAUUUUUAAAAAAUAUGUAUUUGAUUUGUAUGUAUUUUGCAUUUAUAACAUAUACAGCAUACACUAGCUGAUAACUAACAUUUCCAUCACAUCACUAGCAACUAUGGUUUGUUAUCCUGCUUCACAGAACAUAUUGUACAUUUGUAUACUGUAUUGUGAUUGUACAUAUGUACAUAAUAGUAAUACUUUUUGUAAAUUGACUUCAUUUCAUGAUUUAUACAAUUAAAGUAUUUUUCAGUCAUAA